UAAACGAGGCAGAUUACAUGAAACACGAUGCAGCAUAAAUUAGGCUCUGGGAUGCUGCCCCUGUUCAGAAUCUCAUGUUAUAAUGCUCCGGUAAUUCGAUUUGGUAUAUUGUGCAUUUGGCUUUGUUUAGGGAAGAAAGGAAUACAGUGAGGCUAUUAGCAAAAAGACAGGAACAAGAAGGGGGAAGCGGAUGAAACAGCAGGAUUAACAGCUUCUUUCACCAUCAUCAACAUUUUUUUAAUGCAGUUAAAGAGCCUUUUUCUGUAAAACAAAACAUGUAGGAACAUUAAAAAGGAGCCUUUAAUCACUUUUCAUUAAAAAAUGUAAAUUUUAAAAUGAAUGUUGUUGACCAAUCUGUCCAACCACAAAAUGUCACUGCUUCACUGUAGUGAAAGAAAUUAGGCAGAGUGGUGUAAUCACUUAGUUGAUAUUCAGUAAUUGUAGAGGAGCUUAGAGAGCCAUUUAUUACUCUUGGAAGUCCUCCAAAGGAACAUCUUUUGUGUAAAUUAACACGCUGUGAAAGGAGGCCACCAUUAAACUGGAGAUUUUUUUUUCCUUCGUUUUAUGGUUAUGAUCUUUAGUGCUGCAGACAUACUGUUCUCCUGGGUGAUGCCGUACCAUUGUGACGCCAGACGCUCGUCUAACCAGGGUCCAUUUCGUCCCGCACUCCAAGAAGGAUCCAUUUUUCAUGAGGAGGGUUGAGCUGUUGGCCAUUUUUAUCCGAUGCAUUUGCCACCGCUGGUUACAUGUGCCUCGUCAGGAGAGUAGCCUGUCUAAAUCUUUGAGGGGCAACAUAAAAUUGUUUGAAAAAAAUACCCUUUGAGAGUUGUGGACAGACUUGACAGGCUGUGUGAUGUUCUGACAUCUAAAUCAUGUAGCCUACAGUCCCAAUCUGAUCAUCUUUUGAUCUAUUGUAAAAGCAUUUUCAGUGUUUUUGUAAUUAUGAUUAUGCUGUUUUUAGCCAAAAUUGGAAAACUUGUGUCAUUUUCUUGGACAUAAUUUCUUUGAAGAAGCAGUAACUUAUUAGAAAUACACCUCUGAGUUGAAUGAAGGAAUACUCAGAAAUGCAAUUCUGAGCUUAAUUUUCUUUAAAUAAGUCAUAAGAACAAUUAUUAUUAGGAAAAUGCCACAAGAACAUGUUAAAAACACCAUUUUCAUCAGAAUUAAAAUGUAACAUCUCUGGUCUGCACGUCUGGUAAUGAUUUGAGCUGCAAACAAGCCCAAAUCCCUUUACCAACCCCACUGUGUCAUUGAAAAGUUGUCUGCAGUGACAUUACAUUUUUAAGUUUUAGCCAAAUAUUGCUCAUUGCCAUUAUCAUCAUCGUUUACAUCUGCAAUUAUCUGAAAAGCAUUGCCCCAAAUCCUAAAAAACGUUCCAAUAUUUGCCAGCCUGAGAUGCAUUGUUUGUUUUUUAAGGAUAGAAAAACGUUUCUGGCAACUUUUUCUAGUAACGGUUAAAAGAAAUAUGUAGGUGGAUGAAUAUGCAUUUGUAAAGAUAUUGAAGACGUAUGCAAGCACUUUUUUUUGCAAGUAAAGGUUCUUCCCAUUUCUUUUGGUCAGGUGAUUAUAAGUGUGUUUUGUCUAAAUGAGUUUCUAAAAGUAUUUUGAAUGUCAAUGCAAUGUACCAAAAUUUCCUUUUUUUCUUUGUUCUCCUUUAGGAUGUAAUGAUCUAUAUUAUGAUUUCACUACAAGAAAUGAAAUUAGUCACUCUGGGUUUUAGUCUUGACAAAUUAGAAGAUUUUAAAAUUCACUUUAAAUAUUUAUAAUCUCUGUUGUGGUUAAUCCAAUGUUUUGAGCUGAACUUCCUCAUGUUUGAAGUUAUUUUGGAAAAAGUUAAUAAGUAAAUCAUUAGGUCCUCCUUUAGUUAUUCCUCUGUUCUAAUUUGUUCUGAGACAUCUUACCUAAGAAUGACCAACUAAUUUAUUGAUGGUGCAAAAGAAGAGUUAAACAGCGAGGAUGCUCUCAUUUUGGGACUGUUGAGGAUCAUGCAGCAAAGCGCUCAAAUCCAUUGGAAGAAUAAAAGAUGUCAGGUCUUUGAGGUUUUAUGGACUUGGAUCAUUUGCAGUCCUGCUGCUCUGACGACGCGCCAGGAGCCUCACAGGAAAGCCUUCACGUAAGAAUGAUGUAAGAUUAUUCAUGAUCCUCAUCUCUCCAGACCCCGGAGCUGCUCCACUCCCACCGCGCAGACAGUGGGCUCGUCCUCAUCAUGGGGCACCUGCGGUCCGCCAGCAGAGCCUGUGGCGGCGCGUGAUCGCUACACAUCUGGAGACAACGCAGGACUUCCAGAGCUGCGGGAUUCUGCGUUUCCUCCUUUCCUGGAUCCAGUCAUGCAUCGGCCCGGGUUGAUGGGCGGCGGCAGGACAACUCGGACCUUGGUGUCUGCGUGCUUGGUGUCUGCCUGUGAGGCGGCUCGCAGCUGCGGGGACGUCCAGUGCGGCGACAACCAGCAGUGCUGCGCGUCCAACCGCACCGGCUCCAGCGGCGGCUCCGCGGAGUACUGCUGCAAGCUCCCCAUCCACGUGUUCUUUGACAACGUCGGCUGGAUCACGCGGAAGCUGUCGGGCAUCCUGAUCCUGUUGCUGCUCUUUGCCAUGGGAUACUUCAUCCAGCGGAUCAUCUGCCCCCGGCCCCGCCGGGACCAGAACCACGAGCACUGCGAGGAGCCCUCCCUCUCCCACGGCCACGCGUCCGCGUCUCAGGACUCCCUGCUGGAGCGCUACCCCGAAUACACCGUCGGGGGGUUCACCUCGCCCAAUCUGCCCGCCUAUGACGAGGUGAAAUACCUGCCCACGUACGAGGAGAGCAUGCAGGAGAUGCACAGGGACCGCUCGGAUGACAACUUGCUGUCGGAGACCGAGAGGCGCAGUGAGGACGCAAGGAGAGCCGCGGGACCGAGGUCCCCAGGGCAGAGACGGGAUCUGCUGGGACUGCAACAAAGCCCAAGGACGUGCCGGAACUCCGUUUGAUGGAAACCCUAUGACACUGACUCUUCCAUAGGAGUAUAGGCUCCUCAUGCAAAGGGAUCCAUGGGAGGAUCAAACUCUCUUUUUGAAUGUAAGAAGAAAAGAGGAGGCUGAGAAAAUGCCCUCAACAAUGGGGCUCUGCUGGCCUUCUGUAUGCAAAUGACCUAAAAAGGGAUUAAUGGAAGACAUGCGCUCAGGGCUGCAUGGUUGCAGCUCAUUUGGCUGUGGCGCAAUCGCAUUAAGUUUUCCUGCAGCAUCUCACUUUUAGUGACACCAUGAAACAUUUCUCCCAUCAAACCCCUGCGCUUCUCUUUUCCUUGAUGCUCAUUUUUCAGCUGGACCUGAAAAUUCUCUUUUCCCUCUUCAGUCCUCCCCCCUUAUUUGCAUCCCAAAGAGACAUCAUUUCUUCUUGGAAACCAUAUGAAUGUUAGGGAUGUAACGAUUAAUAAAUUGAGAAAUCGAUUUCUAUUCCUAUGAUCCAACCAGAUCGAUCUGUCCAAAGCAAGUUGUUAAUCGAACUGAUCUAUGCCGUAAGAUCAAUUCAAAACAAAAUAAAUUGAUUAUAUUGAUAUCAGGAAACGACCAAUUGCCAUCACAGCGGACAAUACGCAUCCCCACAGUCCAUCAUUCCAGUCCGAUGUGUGGAAACACUUUGAAUUUAGCAAAGACAUGUGACCACACAGUGUGGUAGAAUGUUCUAAUGUUCCCUUUGGAUUAUUUGGAUGUGGAAAAACAACAGCGGGCUGAACUUUAUGAAACUAAAAGGUGAAUUGAUUUAACAUGUAUUCUGGUUUACUUGUUUGUAAACAUAUUUAAUUUACACUUGAUUAUCUUGCAAGAAAUACAAGGAAUCUGGAAGACUUCACCUGCAGUGCAGGUUCUGCACUUAUCAGUAUCCAGGUAUUUAUCUGAGUCAUACUGGUUGUGGCUAAAGAUGUCCUGGAUCGAUUUUUGGUCAGUGAACUAAUAUUAACUAUGAAUUGGAUCAGCAACCAGAAAUUAUAUAUAUCAAACCAUUGUUAGAAUGAAUUUUUACACCUCUAAUAAUUGACACAGGAACAGGAUAAAGGGACCUCAACUGUUGUUUUUCCAGAGACACUUUCAGAAAUCUCUGGAAAAUACUGCAUUAUAAAUGAUCCGCAUUUACAUUAACUACAUUUCAAAGAUUUUUUAUUAAAAACGUUUGCUAAAAGAGCCACAACAGGAGAAAAAAAUGCCUAAAUUUGAAAGGAAAAUGCAAAACCCAGGCCUGAUGUCUUUGGGCUGCAUCUUGUUCAGGAAAAUAGUGACUGAUGUGAUCCAUAGCGCCUAUAAAAAAAAAGUGGCAUUGCAGUGAUAACAUGUCAGACAGGAUCGCACUGCUGCCCCAAGCAGAACUAAUACUUCACAGCUUAGAGGAAACACAGGACAAGAGAAACAGCAGGAAACACAGACAGGAGGCAGCUGCUUCUUUGUUCUGGCAGAGUGACCUGAGGAUUUAGACUGAGAUGACCUAGAAAUCUACUCCAGCAUUGAUCAUAAGAGGUAGCUGCCAUUAAACAAGGCUUAUUUUUAGAAGUUGUAAUCCAACACCCUACCGGCGCAUGAAUCAUUUACAUCAAGCUAAAUGGCAUUUUACUUUGAGCACAAUGGGUAAGAGUUGAUGCAGGAAUCUUGAAAACGGUUCACUCCUUUUGCAGCACUGCUUUUGCUUCGUGUAAAUUAUGUUAAUUUUAUAAGCCAUAAGAAAAGUAAAAUGCAAAUGAAAUUGUUAAGAGUUGAACAUUUUCUCCCCAUAUCAAAAGAAAUGAUCAAUUAAAAAACACACAGCCAAACAAUUGAAUUAAUCAGAUUGACUAAAAGUAUAUUUUUGUCAAAAGUUUUAUGUGAGACAAGGCUACACUGAGACCUUGAGCUCCUCUAAUGCCCCUGACACUAAGGGCUGGAGUGUGACUCUUGCGGCUUGUGAAACCCAAUACUGCCAGACUGUGACGGCAGAACCGAUACCGAUCACUGAUGGCUUUCUCUCCCAGAGGGAAACUUGUGGGAGGGUGGAGUUUGCCUUUAAAAGCCUUAGAUCCAUAGUUAAAACCCACUGAUGGUCCAUAUGAGGUUCAGAGAGAGACUGCGAGAUGCACAGGGCAACAAAAGAAAGCAAUUCAAACUAUCAAGGCCUCCCUGCUGUUAUUGCUCACUGAGCAGCAGCUUCCAUGUUGAGGCAGAUUACAGACAGACAUCCCAUCAGGAGAUGCUAAAGAUUAUAUAUAUAUUUUUUGGUCAUUUUUCAUUUUCAUUAAAUGCAGCUCUUAUUAAAACACCCUCAAACUAUAUGAAGACAGAGAUAGCCAAACUGCAGAUAAGAUAAAAACACAGGGCCAAGUAGAGUACAAAUAAAGAAAAUGGAUUUUGGCUUCCCAUAAUCCAGUUAUUCUCCAGCCUGGACAAAAGGACAGAAAAAGGUCAUGUCUUCAAAACACAAUUCUUCUAGAGUCCACAGUAAACUUCUUCUCUGUGCCUGUGUGUGAGCACCAACACUGAAUUCAAAUGUCUGAUUAAAUAAAAGAACAGUAUUUUCUUA